UCGAUAUUAGUGUGGUGGUGUGGAAGCAUCCCUUCUGGUCUUCAGUACCAAUCCAACUCCCUCUUUUUCUUCUGCAAAGCUUCUUUUCUUCGCCUCCACCACCACCCUCCUGUCCUCACACUCAACACUUCUCAUUCCUCAUUCUCUUCGGCGCAUCCCAAUAUGACAGACCGAGUCCAUCCAUCUUCCAAACCCGCCGUCGCCGGUGCUAAUGGCGCCACCUCCUCCAAUCCUGCCCCCGCCAAGUCUCAGCUUUACAACCCCACCCGCCCAAUGUUCCGACCUUCCCAGUACAACCGUCGCCGACGCUCCGGCCGUAGCGGCUGCUGCUGCUGCUGCUUCUGGAGCGUCAUCGUUCUCCUGGCUGUUGUUCUGCUCGCCGCCAUUGUUGGCGCUGUACUCUACGUUCUCUAUCGUCCCCACCGACCCCAGUUCUCUAUCACCAACCUCCGCAUUGCGAGGAUGAAGCUCGCUACAUCCACCGAUUCCUCCUCUCACCUCUCCUCUCUUCUCAAUCUCACCCUCAUUGCCAAUAACCCGAACAACCACCUCGUUUUCUCCUACGAACCGUUCACCGUCACCGCAUUCUACGAUUCCGUGCCUAUCGGGAACGGAUCCAUCCCGGCGUUCACGUCCGACAAGAACAAUCAGAGCAGCCUGCGAGCGGUGCUGUCGGAUUCUCGCGAUCUGGAUACUGAUUCGCUGACUUCGCUGAGAUCGGGUCUGAAGAAGUCGAACGGGUUUCCGGUGGUGAUUCAGAUGGACACCAAAGUGAAGCUGAAGAUGGAGUGGCUAAAGAGCAAGAGGGUGGGAAUCAGAGUGACGUGCGACGGAAUCAACGGGAAGGUGCCCGCCGGGAAGACUCCGUCGGUGGCUUCGGUGACGGACUCCGUCUGUAAGGUGGACCUCCGAAUCAAGAUCUGGAAGUUUUCGUUUUAAUUACAAUUGGUUGAUGUCAAUUAAUCUUUUUGGUUUGGUUUAAAUUUUUUUCAUUUACAAUAUUUUUCAGAGUGUCGUGUCAACUUUGGAGGAGUUGAAAUUUGAUUUACAAGAAAAAAAUUGUAUAACUUGGAGGUGGUUUGAGGUUUAGAGCAAGAAGGCUCUAAAUUUAGAUUUUUUGUGUCGUCUGUAAUUUGUAUUCUGUGCACGUCGAAGUGAUGGUUUCUAAGUUUCCACAGCAAUGGAAUGUCGGUGUUGGUACUGUUGAGGGAAACCAUUGGAAUGA